AUGGCCCUGAAGUUGUACGGCCCGCCGCCGUCGUGCGGCGAGCUCAACUACCCCGCGGACGACUACGCCGACGCGCUGGACGAGAUGAAGGAGUGCACGUUCGAGGAGUUCGUCAAGUCGCUCGUGAGGCACUCGUACGGCAGCGAGCGGCAGUGCUCGCGGUACCGCGGCGUGCACCACGCGGGGGAGGGGAGAUGGGAGGCGCGCAUCGGCGACCGCGACGUGUGA